AUGUAUAUCCGAGGCCUCGGAGGCCUGGGAGUGUCGCUGGCCGCUGGCUAUGCGGCGCUUCUGGUAGCCUUGACACCAUCAGCCUUUGCGAAUGUCAUCGGCAUCGACCUUGGGGUGGACUUCAUGAAGGUCGCCCUGGUGGCACGAGGGAAACCAUUGGAGAUCGUGACUAACGCGGCCUCCAAACGUAAGACAGAGAUGGCCGUCAACUUCGACCGCGGGGAGAGAAACUUCGGCUCCGACGCGUAUGCUCUCGUGUCCCGCAAGCCCAAGCAGACGUAUACCAAGAUGACCACUAUGCUCGGACGAGAUCUGGAACACCCAUCCCUCGCGCCCAUCUUGUCGAGGCUGCCUAAUGACGUGAGCUUCAAGGCAGACGAGGGAGGAGUGGUGCUCAGCCUUAACGACAAUGGGGCGGAAGCUGAAUACAGUGCCGUGGAGCUCGUAGCUAUGAUCCUUAGCAGUGCACAGGAAAUGACUGGCAUGUUUGGCUACAGCGUGAAAGACGCGGUCAUCACGGUGCCGGAGUUCGCCACGGCGCACGAACGCCGCGCUCUCUUGGACGCCGCGGAUGUGGCCGGCCUUACGGUGCUGUCGCUCAUGGAUGAGAACACCGCGGCAGCUCUGCAGCACGCCAUUUCACAGACGUACGAGGAGGACACCAACGUGAUGUUCUACAACAUGGGUGCCAACUCCAUCCAGGUCACGAUUGUCACCUUUGGGCCCAAGAAGAUCAAGGACAGGAACGUGGGCAAGCUGAUAGUGAGAGGAAAGGGCUGGGACGCUACCGUCGGGGGGUGGUGGUUCGACCUCAAGCUUACCGAUGUGUUUGCCGAGGGUUUCAACGCGAAGUGGGGCAAGGGCGACGUCCGGGAGUUCCCCCGACCGAUGGGCAAGAUGAUCACCCAGGCCACGAAAGUCAAGAAGGUCCUUUCGGCCAACGCCGAGAUCCCCGUGAACCUCAACUCCCUCCACGAUGACGUGGACUACUCUUCGACCGUGACGAGAACGUCCUUCGAGGCCGCCAGCAAGGACCUGUUCGAGAGGGUCACCGGACCUAUCGAUCGAGCUCUCGAGCAAGCGGGCAUGAAGCUGAGCGACAUCCAAGAGGUGGAGAUCAUCGGCGGCGGUUCGCGGAUCCCCAAGGUGCGAGAAACGCUGUCGAGAUAUUUGUCGAUCGGAGUCGACCAGCCGCUUGCGCUUGGAGCCCACCUCAACGGCGACGAAUCCCCCUGCCUGGGUGCUGCAUUCCGCGGCGCCAACCAGAGUCGUGCUUUCGACGUUCGCAAGGUUGGGAUGACGGACGUAACUCCCUGGGCUGUAGACUUGAGCUUUGCUGACUUGGAUGAGUCGAAGGGCUUCAAGGGCGUCUUGGGAGGGCUGUUCGGAGGGGGCAAGAAGGACGGGAAGGACGCCGCACCUACGCUCAAGACUGCGGGGGAGGUUUUCAAGGAAGUGCCGCUGUACGGCGAGAACACGCCUCUUCCUCUCAAGAAGACGCUAAGCAUUACUCGCUCCGAAAAUUUCGAGGUUAACGUAACGUACGCUGCACCGGCAGACGGAGGCAACACACAACUGCCCGAAGGAACUCAGGAAAUGAUCGCCUCGUACCAGGUCACGGGUGUUGCAGACUUCGCCAAGAAGAUGGAGGAAGAGGGACGCGGAGCACCCAAGGUUGCGCUGCGGUUCACCUCUGGUACCGCUGGCGUCCCCGAGCUGGCAUCCGCAGAAGCCUUCGUUGAAUUCGAGAAGAACGUGACUUACACCGAAGACGUGGUAGUUGAUGACGAGGAGGACACGGAGACGGAGAAAGAGGGAGGGGACGGCGAAACGGCAGUGCCUGUCGCCGAGCAGGGGGACGACAGCAAGAACGAAGGCGACGCUGAUGCCGAUUCUGGCGCGGACGCAGCGGCAACCGAUUCCGCCGACACCGAGGUAGAAGGAGCAACCGCUGCAGACCCGGCAACAGGAACGGAAGAAAAUGAGGACAAGGCGGAAGGGGAGGGGGACGCAGGGGAUGCUAAGGAUGGCAAGGACAAGAAGGAGAAGUCGAAGAAGAAGAAGAAGAAGAAGAAGACCAUCAAGGUUAACAAGACCAAGAUUGUGACCGAUCGCAAGAAGGCCAAGCUCGACGUUGUGCCCCACUUCACGUACAUGCAAAUUCACCCCCUCACUGAGGAAGGGACGGUGGCCUCCAAGGCCAAGCUGUCUGCGCUUAGAGCCGCGGACGACGUCAGGCGGGAAACCGCUCAUGCGAAGAACGAUUUGGAGUCCUACAUCCUCAAGGUUCGUGCAGCCCUGCGAGACUUCGACGCCAACCUUGAGGUCGUUAGCACGGAGCAACAAAGGGAGGAGGCGAUAGUUUUGGCCACGGAACAGGAGGAUUGGUUGUACGACGACGGUUGGGACAUGGACGCCACCACCUACCGGAAGAAGCGGGGGGAGUUGGCAGAGCUUGCCGAAGCCAUCUUCUUGCGAUCUUCUGAGCUCGUGGCAAGACCCGCAGAACUGGCGCGAGGAAGAGAGUUCACGGCAAAGGUGAGGGAAUCUGUGGAGAAAUGGGAGAAGACCAAACCCCACAUUACAGAGCAGGAGCGGACGGAUGUGAUGGAGAAAAUCGACAGCGCGGAAAAGUGGAUGUCAGACAAGGAGGCAGAGCAAGCCGCUCACCCACCUCACGAGACGCCAGUGUUCAAGUCAGCUGAGGUAGAACCAGCGCUGAAGGCACUUAAAAACCUUGUCACCAAGCUCUCCAAGAAGCCCGCCCCAAAGAAGGAGAAGCCAGCGAAAGCUGACAACUCCACAGAGGAGGCGGCGACAAAUGGGGAUGGGGGUGAAGAAUCCCCGGAAGGGAAGGGGGAGGAGGGCGUAGUAGGAGAGGGCGAGGAGGAGGGGGCAGAAGAGGGUACUGCAGCGGACGCAGAGGCAGACCCGUUGCGUGAGGAGGAGCUAUGAGCAGUUUUGAAAAUUGAGUUGCGUGUGUGAAGCUCGAAGAAGUUGGUCGACAAGGACUAGAACUAUCGAGUCGGUCAGUAGCUUUUCAGUCGCGCAUGCACACGUGUGCAUUUUUGUGUAUGUUUGAUUGUUCUUUUGUGGCUGAGUUUGGAAAUUGCACUUGAGUCGUGUGCUGUUUGUCUCCGUUUUCUUUCUUUCGUGUGAUGCUGGUGUGGUCUACUAGCGAAUCUGGCAUGAGCUUUUGGUCUGCCUGAUUCACCGCAGUCAGGAUCACUGUUGAUCUGUUGAUUGUCCCGUGUGCGUGUGGUUGAGAAUGAGGUGUGUGCACACGCGCUGCCACGGUUACCACCCAACUACCCGGUGGUUUCGCGUCCCACACAACAACUACCCUUCCAUCAGAUGUAUUGACUGGCUACGUGUUUUUUAAAAGAAUGCAAGCGGCGUAGAAAUGACAUCGAGGCGGUCGUCCUUCCUCC